CCUUGGGAAUGAAAUAUGCGGGGAAUUCACCAAGUAUCUGUAAUUUUUUGGUAUGAGAGGGCGAAGCGAGGAUAUAAAUACGGAGCUUGGAUUUCUUCGCCACACCUCGUCUCUAGUGGGUCCAGGCUUGUCGAACGUCUCUCUGUUUCUCUGCCCGACUACCAAGCAACCAACAGCUCAACCAUGCAUUCUGUCGUCGUUUUCCUAGCCGUCCUCGUCGGGGCAGCCGUCGCCAGCCCGAUGAUUCUAUCACCCGACGAUGUCAAGCAGCAGAAUAGAGACAUCUCGGCCACCGAGUACCUGAAAAGGAUCUUCGAGCACUCUCCGAAGUUGCUCUACAGUCCUAUCGACGUGUCCAGCCAGGGUGAUGUCAUCGACAUGUUACCAGCUCUAGGGCUCAAUGAGGCAGCUCUAAUCGCAGAGCAGGUUAACCUGAGGCAGAUCCUCCUAGAGCUUUCAUCCGUGACGUUGUGCCUGCCCACUGACGAGGCUGUCCGGAGAUGGAGGGAGGAACUCCCAAACACACUGAAGCCAGACCUUGCGUCUCUGAAGCAACUUGUCAAGGCAUGGAUCAUUCCAGGUAUGAUCAGGUCUACAGAUAUCAGCAACAACCAGAAGGUCCAAAGCUUGAAUGGCGCCAAGCUGCGAUUCAACGUCUAUAACGAGGUGAAGAAGCAGAUUGUCACCGUUAAUGGAGCUCGAAUCAUUGACGCCGAUAAGAUGGCUAGCAAUGGAAUCAUUCAGGUAGUCGACAAGGUCAUCUUUCCACUUCCAGUCGGUAACGUAAUCGAGACCGUGGUUGACAACCAAGCUUUCUCCAUCAUUGUCGAUCUCCUGAAACAAGCCGGACUCGAGGAAGAACUUCAAGUUUCCGACCCCGUCACGGUUCUUGUUCCAACCAACUCUGCUUUCCGCGCUCUUCCAUCUGGUGUUCUCGAUGACCUCAAGAGAGAAAAGUCCAAACUACAAAACCUGCUCAAAUACCACGUGAUCUCUGACAUCAGAUACUCUGCCUCAUUGUCAUCAGGACAGAGGAUCAUGGCCUCUCAGGGAGACGAGAUCUCGGUCAGCAUUGAAAACGGAAAAAUUAUUCUUAAUAAGGCCCAAGACCGGUCAGAAGCAAGCCGUGUGAUUCAAGCCGACAUCCCGACCACCAACGGAGUCAUCCACGUCAUUGACCAGGUCCUCAUCCCAUCACAAAAACAUUACGUCCUCGUCUAAGACUUCCAUGAUCAAAUCAUGAAGGAGUUUCUUAAGAUUUAAAGAUUUUAAUUGAUUACAAUGGAAAUCUUUAGAGCUUAUAUUUCUGGAGGGAUUACUCUAUAAGAGUUGCUUAGAUGUAGCAGUAUAAAAUAAUACACACCCCAAGUCGCAAGGAUGUCAAAUUUCGGAAAUGGUUUUUCACAACUAAUGAUUUCGAGCUAUGCAUACCUUUCAUCUUGGAUAAAAAUUAAUAUCCGGCUACCAUAUAGGUUAACAUGGAAAUUCAAAUGUAUUGCAUGGAUACACUUGGGAUAUAUGAUAGAUAUGAUGAUUACUACUCGUUUCUAAUGUUCUUAAAGCUGACUAGUCCUUAUCCAUAAUUUAAUCUCUCUGAUAUUUAUAUAAUCUCAGUAUCCAAUGGACUUGAUCAUACUUGCCAAUUAUUGUUAAAUCGUACUACAAAGUAUGGAGUGCUAUUAUUACGGAAAUAAAUAUUUCAUUGUAAACAAAUUCAAAAAA